GCGGCCGCCGGGUUUCCUGCUGACGCCGGAGAGCCGCGGAUGGGCAGGAAAGGCCGCCUCUCCUCCCGCCUCGCCCCGCCGGCAGCAGCGCGGAGCGGUCUCAGGGAGAAGAGCGGCGGAGAGGGCGCAGGUGCGGGGCGGGCCCGGCGGCCGCGAGGGCCGGGCGGCCGCGCCGACGAGAGAGCGCCGGUCAUGGCAGCCCCCGCUUCUUGAAUGCUGCCGGCCGCCCCUCCGCCGCCGAUGGCCGAAGCCUGGAGGCUGGAGGAGGACGAGGAGGAGCUGCGGGAGCUCGGCAGGAGGCACCGGAGGGUCGCGCUGAGCUCGGCAGCAGAUCGCUCAGAAAGAAAUAAACCAGACUGCCGCUCUUCGGGCCAAGGACCCUUGUCAUCCAUAAGAGCGGCAAUCAAGAGAUCUUCUCGGACCUCUAGCCAUAGUGAUCAACAGAGGGAUAGAAGGCGUCCUGAAAUUACAAUAGUUGCUGCUGAACCCCUCCGGCCAUCCUCCUGGUUUCCAGGUGCAAGUCCUGUCACUCCUCAAGGAUUAGGUUUCCCUUCUGCUUCAUCUCAUGCUCAGUGGAGGAGAAAUGAGCAUCUUCCAGCUGAGCUUCCGCCAUCGUACGAGCAGGUGAUAAAAGAAAUCAAUCAAGUGCAAGUCAAUACAACAAAUAACAAUAAUGCUGCUGCUCCUAGACAUACCACUACUUCUGCAACACAAACUGACUUUCCAGAGGAACUAAUCAGCCAUUUGCCAGGAAGUAAUGUAAAAACUAGUGUGCCUACACACUGGGAAUCUGCAGGCUGUCGAGGGCAGAGUCCUCUUAAACCUCCUAGGCCUUCUGCAACUCUUCUGAGUAAGUUGCCUGCAGAAAAUGCGAAUCCUUUAAUAGUUUUUGAAAAUCCUGAAGGUCAGAGGUGCCAAGAAAAUCCCAGUGCUGUGAUAUGUCCUGUGCCAAAGCCAAGAUCAAGAAGCAAUCUCAGACCUGUGGUCAAAAGUACUGAAAGUAAGAUAGACAGGGAAGAAGUGAACCAGUCUAAUGCAAAACAGCAGCAACCUCCAGUUCAGCAGUCACCUCUUCUGGAUGAAGACAGCUUACUAGACAAUCACUUGGUGAUGGACAGCAUGAGUACAGAAAGGAGCCAAAAUAGUAUUGUUUCAAGGAUCAAAGUUUUUGAAUCCCAAGGCACUAAUGAUACCUCAGGAUUAUCAAAAAAGCCAGAAAUUGCCCCUCGUUCAUUUGUUCCAAGAUCUGUUUCCACUAAGAAGCCAGUGAUUGCUCCAAAGCCAGGGGUAGGCAGAGUUUCAGAAGAGUGGGAUGCAUGGACUGAAAGCAAAUCAACACCUUCCAAGGAAUUGCAGCCUCAGCCUGAAUUAGUUGGGAGCAGUGUUUUAACCAAACCUGAACUGCCAAAGAAGCCAAAAGCCAGCCUUGUUAAAAGUAGCAGUAGUGAUUUUCUUGAUGCAAGGAGUGGAUCAGUUGCAGAAAACAGUGAUGGACAAAAGAGAUUUCCUGUUCCUGCUCCAAGGCCUCUUGUGCCUAAAAAGUCAUGUUAUUCAGAAAAUCCUGCCCUUUCAUUGGCCUCACUAAAACCAGUUGCUGCUCCCCCACGGCCUUCUGUAUCUGCCCAAGACAAGGUUUUAAAGUCUCUGGGGGAAUUGUCCCCUGCAGCCAACUCCUCAGCACCUGCUUUGCAAAAUAAAUUAGAUGUGGAAGGAGAUCUGAUCAGUUUUGAUGAUGAUGUUUUGCCCCUAAGUCCAGCCUGUGUAGUUAAAGAUAGCAUCAGUUCUGAAGCAGCAGGAGAUCCGUUUCAGUUCCUUACCAAAAGUGAACCUGCCAAGGAACAGACGGCUCAGCCAGCUUUGGCUCGGAAACCCACCGUAAUCCGAAUCCCAGCUAAACCUGGGAAAUCUUUAAAUGACAACCCACAUAGCCCUCCUCCACUUCCUGCUGAAAAGCCUAUUGGGAACACAUCCAAUAUCACAGUGGGAAAACCCAGCAGUGGUGACCUAGUGAAAAAAGGGGAGUUGGAUCACUCAGAACAAGCUGGAGUGCCUCAGCUAGAACCUCUACUACCCCCAAGGCCUGUGGAUGGAAAAAUUAUACCUGCUCGACCUCCCCCACCUAAAAGUGUUCCUGGAAGGCCACCUCCACCAAAAUUCUCUGCAGCCAAGACCUCCUCCCAGAAGGAUGUUCUUUCUCGAUCUAGUUCGGACAUCGCUUCUGAUAAAAAAAACAACAAGUUCAGGUUGGGACCCAAGAGAGCAAAAAGUGCAGUCUUUAAAAAUCCAGAUCCAGCAUUACCUCCUAGACCUAAACCAGGUCAUCCUCUCUACAAUAAAUACAUGCUGCCUGUGCCUCAUGGAGUUGCCAAGGAAGAUUGUCUUCCCAGGAACACUGGAGAACUGUCCUGUAAGGAUUCAAACCAUCCUCCAAAGGUUUCUGACACAAGUGCACCUCAUGCUGUAGUCCUGCAUGAUUUUCCUGCAGAGCAUGCUGAUGACUUGGACCUUCAUUCUGGAGACACUGUUUGUCUUUUGGAGAAAAUUGAUAGCGAGUGGUACAGAGGAAAAUGUGGGAAUCGCACAGGCAUAUUUCCUGCCAACUUUGUUAAAGUGGUUAUUGAUGUUCCGGAAGAAGCCAACAAGAAAAAAAUACCCUCUUCAUCACGAUGUAUCAAAGGUCCAAGGUGUGUAGCACGAUUUGAAUACAUUGGAGAUCAGAAAGAUGAGCUCAGUUUUUCAGAAGGUGAAACUAUUAUCCUGAAAGAAUAUGUAAAUGAAGAGUGGGCCAAAGGAGAGCUCAGAGGCACAACUGGAAUUUUCCCCUUGAACUUUGUGGAAGUAAUUGAAGACCUACCUGGAACAGGUACAGAACCAGCACUGAAGAAUAAGGUGGAGGUUUCAUCUUCCCUUCCUCAGAGCAACAGACGCUCACAGGAGUGGUGUGAAGCGCUUCAUGAUUUUACAGCAGAAACCAAAGAUGAUCUAUCCUUCAGAAAGGGAGACUACAUCCAAAUACUGGAACAAGUAGAUUUGGAGUGGUAUAGAGGAAGACUGAAUGGAAAGGAAGGGAUUUUCCCAGCAGUUUUUGUUCAGACCUGCUCAGCCAGGGUCGAGCUGUCACAGCCUGGAGGAGGGAAGAAAGGAAAAGCCAAAGCUCUUUAUGAUUUUCAUGGAGAAAAUGAAGAUGAGCUUUCAUUCAAAGCAGGUGCCAUGAUAACAGAGCUGGAAUCUGUAGACGAGGACUGGAUGAGUGGAGAGAUACUAGGAAAGUCUGGGAUAUUUCCCAGGAACUUUGUUCAGAUUUUAAAAACACCAUGAAGUGUUGCCUUUCUACUACUCCCUGUGUGUGGGAGAGAAUGUUUUCUACCCUAAAGGCACAGCAAAGACAUCAACGAGUGUUGAUUAUCAAUGUUUUGCACUACUUUUUCUAGACAGUCAUAGUAGUAUCUUGAAGUCAGAUAAGAAAACUUGAGUCUUUUGUGACAGUGUAUGUUAUCAUGUUUCAUGAAUGCUCAGAGAGCAAAACAAGCAGGCUUUUUAGCCAUUUCCAACUAGGGAAAUACUGUGGUGCAACACCAUUUUAACUUAUAUAGCAUUCUAGUAUGUUUACUCUCUGGUAUUAUAUUUAUCAUGCACAAAGUCUGCAUAACAUAAGCUGCUUUGGCCUUCUUUGAACUUUCUUAAGAUCCAAACUUUUAAAAUUGUUUUAAUAUAUAAUUACAGCACACAGUAUGUAGAUGAAGUUUGAUAUUCAAGUUUCAUUACUGCUUGAGUUCCACAUUAGCAGUAGAAUCCACUUGUUUUAUGACUUAGAGGAUAAGAAAAAUAACUGGUAUUUCAUAGUAGAAAGGUAUCAAAUCUAAUACUGGUAAGAGGGGAAAUGGAGAAAUAAAUCUUUGUGUCGUAUCCUUCUAUUCUUAGCCCAGGCUGCUCAUACAGCAAGAUCACAAAAGUAAAAUUUUUGAGUAUUUUGCCUCUUAAUGAAUUCUGUUUAAAUCAGUAUGAAUCAUCUUAGACCUUCCUCGCUUUCCCCAAAAUACUUUGCAAGUACAGGUUUAGUUUUUCCCUACUGCCCACUGUUCUUUGAGCACCAUCAUAUCCUUCUUUCCCAGCUGAAGUUAGUGACAGACAGUGUCUAUGGAACUUUCUUAGAUCCCAGCCAUGGAGUAGCUGCACUAUUCCAACUAUUUGCCCCUCCACUCCCCUCAUGAAGUGGAAAGCCAGUGUUCACGCAGUCUGCAUUUUAUUUACCACUGAAGCACUGGAACAUACUUCAGUAACACUAUUCCUAUCCUGAACAUGAAGGAUAUUAUAGAGCCUUGGGUUUAGUUUUCAGCAGACGUGGGAUUAGUUUCCAGUUUGUUGCCACAUACCAAAUACACUGAGUAUCCUUACAAAUGGUCUGUGGAGGCCUUAAGGAAAACAUGCCUGGCAAGAGGUUACUCCAAACAGCUCUCACCAAGGCACUUGGUACAGAGCAGCAGUGGAGCUGGACUGACCAGCUAAGAUGGAUGUGAUUGAGGUAGUUUCACAUUAUAGGAACUUCUGGUAGUCAGUCCCUUUUUGUAACAGCAAGGAAUGGGCAUCCAGUUGCAGUGGCAGACUGGAGCUCACCGAGAGCAAGCCUGAGGGCCUCAGCACCAUUCACCCAGCAGUCACUGCCAGACCACAGAACUUGCACAGACAGACACAGCCCCCCCUUUGUGUUCUGUUCUGUGUUUAAACUACACCAGUACCCCUCACACAACCGGGGGAUGAUGAUCACACAAAGUUUUAAUGAGCUGAGGAGCUGGACUUCUACUUCCAAUAGGGAUUAAGGUAAGCAAAGAGCUGAAUUAUGUGCUGUUCUAGAAGGUUGGAAAUGCAACAAUGGCUACACCUGUUCCUUAGUUUUAGCAGCCCCAGCAAGCCUGUCCAGAACUCCAGUGGAAUCACAUGGCAAUCCACAGCCAAGGACAAUCCUUCUCACUCUCCCAAGUUUUCCUAUUAGGAGAUUCUAAAGGUUCUUGUUUAUUCCAAAAAACCAGUCAUCUCCUAAAGAAAUCCAAGGAAUUGCCAGGUCCUUCAAAGAUACCACACAGUGUGGUGGCAGAUGAGGCUGAAGUGUAUCAUGUUUACUUACUGUUUGUCUGGCAGUUUUCUAAGGUUUUGAUACAAGUCUCAAAAGUAUAAUUGAUUUUUUAUAUUUUUUUUUCAAUUUCCUCUUUCCCAUUUUUAUAACUGUGUCUUAACCAGUUGUUUCUGUAACUUCACUGAAUGUUCAAAGUCAGUGCCUGUUCAUCGCCAAGACCACUCUGCUGUAUGUAAUCCCCUCCUCCCCGUGGGGCAGGGCAGGAGUGGCAGCAAGGCCUUUACUCAGACCACCGAGUGCCAUCUAAGGGCUGCUCGCGUAGCUGCAGGCAGCUGAAACGGCGUCCGUGUGAACGCUGAAGCAAGGGAGAUGCUCGGCUUGUACAGGGCAGGAUUCUCCUAAAACAAUGCCAACACCACCGAAAGACUGCAUACAGAUCACGAGAGAAAAUUCCUAAGAUGUACAAAAAAGCCGAGACUGAGGUGGAGUGCAAAUCUUAACUGCAAUGUAGUAGCAAAUUCCAGCUGUAACCUUGAAAUCCAGCUAGAUCUCCAUGCAUUAGAAUAAAAGCCUCACUUACCAAAAUAUUUUGUUUGACCCAUCCUCUAGAAGUAUCUUCAGGAAGAUAUCUUUGUUCUCUGUACAAUGAACAGUGUCCUAAAUAAACCUUUGUUAAGUCCAGUAAGUUUGUUAUGGUACCUCUGUAAAUUAAGAAUGUAUUUAACCAAUAAAAUUUUUAUAAUUAAGUCA